AUGACGAUUCCUUUCACUCUGAUUGUCGGCGCUGGCCCUAGCGGCCUGCUGCUAGCACUAAUGCUCGGCAAAAAGGGCAUACCUGUGCGACUUCUCGAAGCCGCAGAAUCCCUCGAUGAUCGUCCACGCGCCACCCAUUACUCUCCGCCAGCCGUCUACGAAUUGCGCCGUGCUGGGGUGCUAGAGGAUAUGAAAGCCGAAGGCGCAUUCAUACCAAAUGGAGCAUGCUGGCGAAAGCUUAAUGGCGAGUUUCUGAGUGGAGUCCGAGCUGCUGGAAGCAAUGAACCGACUCCAACUCCAAUGACCUGCUUUCCACUCAAUAAGCUGAACCUUGUUCUCCAACGUCAAGUCGACAAACUACCCCAUGUGGAGAUACACUAUUCUCAUAAAGUCACUGGGCUUGGCCAAGAUGAAGCCAAGGCAUGGGUGGACGUGGAAACACCCGAUGGCCCGCAGAGAUUGGAGGCGCAGUAUAUUGUUGGGUGUGACGGUGCCAAUAGUCAGGUCCGCCGUUCUCUGUUUGGAGAUUGGGAGUUUCCCGGUUUUACAUGGGAGCAGCAAAUUGUUGCUACAAACACCUAUUAUCCAUUCGAGAAACAUGGAUUUGAUUGGGAUUCCAACUUCAUCAUUCACCCAGAACACUGGUAUAUGGCUGCGCGGAUCAGCAAUGAUGGACUAUGGCGUGUCACCUAUGGCGAGGUGCCAGGCCUCAGCUUAGAUGAGCUUAAGGCCAGACAACCAAUGAAGUUCAAGACACUCUUACCGGGUAAUCCUGACCCUAAGGAUUACAAAGUUGUCAGCUUUAGUCCUUAUAAGGUCCACCAGCGCCUUUCGAAAAAAAUGAGGGUCGGACGGUUUGUAUUGGCUGCUGAUGCUGCGCAUUUAUGUAACCCCUUCGGAGGCCUGGGAUUGACAGGCGGAAUUGUGGAUGUUGGAGGACUCUCUGACUGUCUUGAAGGUAUAUAUUCAGGCCAAGCGGACGAUACCAUCUUAGACAUAUAUGACACUGUUCGCCGGGCAAAGUAUAAUGAGAUUGUGGACCCAGUUUCGACUGGUAAUCUUCGCCUUCUAUUUGAGCAAAAUCCGGAAACAGCUCUUGAGGAGAGCGAGUUUCUGAAAAUGUGCAAGAGGGCGGAGACAGACCCAGAGGUUGGUGCUUUGCAGAGGAGAGCAGGCGAUGCUCUGCAAUAUGACUUCAGACAACACUAUCGGAAAUGA